AUGGAGUCUGUUCGUCGAAUUAACCGAUGGACUCAGGAAGAGGACUCAAUCCUCAUCCAGAAACUCUACGAGCAACAGACCUAUGACCUUGCUGGCGCAGCUACUGAUUGGCAAAAGAUUGCCGCCGGCCUCCCUGGCCGGUCGAACAAAGACUGCCGGAAACGAUGGUUCAAUGUCCUCAGCGGGGGCCUACGAAAAGGUGCUUGGUCACCUGAAGAAGAUUCGUACCUGAGGGAUGCCGUGCGGAUCGAGGGAAAGUCGUAA